AUGAGUUUUGUCUGGAAGAACGCGGGCAGGUUCCUAAGCCUCAGGCGUCCUCAGACGACCUGGUCCCGCACCCUCCUUUCGUCCUUUCUUGUUGAGGAACUGACUUCAGGACUUGAUGGGGUGCUACCGGUCAUCGCGAUGAAUCUGCCCCCGAGUCAUAUCUCGUAUUAUGGGGUUGGAGGCGAUGAUGGUGCGGCGGACAUCAUGAAUCCUUGGGGCGGCGGCGGCUCCGAUGAUGGUGGCAGUACGGCAUCUGGACCGGGCCCCGCUGCCACCUAUCCGACCAACGCACCACCUGCUGCAUCCUUCCACCGUCAUGGACCGACAGCAGCAAGGUCCGCCGCCGCCGCCAGCCCGCCGCCAGACCAUACGGCGGGGCAAAAUUGGCAUCCGGGGGGCGCCAUGGGAGAUUGGGGCUGUGGCGGUGGCUUUUGCGAUGGCGGCCGCGGCUGUGCCCCGGGGCAACGGUCUGCAACGACGACACAGGCGCCGGGAGGGGAGGCACACAUGCUCAAUCGCUACAACCCAAAUCAGAGCUACUCGUCGGCUGGCGUACAUUACAGUCAACCAACAAACCAAGAGGCACGGUCGUUGCAACAUCUGCCGCCAUCAAUGCAGCCAUCAUCCGCGCAGCAGGUGCUGCUGCCGCAAUUGCAGCAGAAGCCUCGACAGCUGCCGACCCUCCCGCCGCAUCAUCAGCACCAGCAGCAACACCUGAGCGGACAUGCCCGCCAGUACAAGAAGUUAUUGCACGCCCAGCACCUGGACCAAAGAUAUUCGCCCUACGGGGCAGGCCCGAGCUCAAACGUGUCCUUGGGUGGCACCUCCGAAACCGUCCGCACGAGCCAAAAUCGUGUCGUAACAACAGGUGCCUUCCCAUACCAGUACCGCAGUUCAAAAGGUGGCUGCGGCUGCAUCACCGGCAGCCAUUCUGUGAAUCAGCAUGACGCAUAUGGUGGUACGGGUGCUUCUGCUGCCUCCACAGGGGGCCUUAUGUACCGACAGGCGGCAGGCUCGGGGCUAACCGUCAGCGCCUUCUUCCAUUCCCUCGGUGCUGAUCCUUCACGAACUCCCUCACCUCACAGGCAUCCCCACUCGCAAAAGUGGGAGGCUCACCUGUGGGAUCCGACGGUGAUCCGCACAGACGUUGCCCCCGGAAAACGGAACCAGGGCAGGCAGAUUUACUUGGGAGCGUUCCGGUCGGAGUUUCCACUUCAAGACUAUGCCGAGAUGGAAUCCUUUCCCCCGCUCGAUAAAGAGGUGCUGGUCGACAUGCUCAAGGACCAGCGCCUCCGGGGUGAACACCGGUACCAAAGAUUCACUCGCCAACGACCCAUGGGUCAUUGGGAGGCGUUCAUCAGCAAGAUGUGCAGCAGUCCCAACCGAGCCGGCCUGCCGGCAGGGCCCUUGGACCUGGCUGCCCGCGGCGGUGGAGCGGAGGCUGAACGGCUACAGCACGGCGCUUCCGGCAGCAACAGUCAUGCACAUGGCCGUGACCGCAGCGGCAUUUGCUUCAGCGGCGGUGCAGACCGUAUGGCAGCUAGCGCUGGCUGCGGAACUGGCGCAGCAGAUCGUCUGUGUAUGUCGGUCGAUCCUGCGGCGGCUGCGGCUGCAGCAGCAGCUAUGGAGAUUGCAGCGGCGGAUGUUGUCGGUGCUGGCACCUGCACCUGCACCGGCACCGGCACCAGGGAUGUCACCGAGUCUGUCGUGCGGCUGUCCUCAAGGAGCAUGGCGUCCCUGUACGAUGCUGCAUUGUUCGGCCGCAACAACAGCGUUGGCACCGCAGGCAUGACGUCCUCCAGUGUGCGGCCGCCAGCACGUCAGGCAGUCGCCGCCGCUGCUUCCGCGGCUGCUGCGCCUGCGGUGUCGGCACCGCCGCAGGCAGCAGGCUUACGAUCCGUGGUUAAGUCUUUGGAGCACCUGCCUUCCUCGCUUUCAGGCUUCGCUACAGAAGGAUGGUCUCUGGUUUGUGUUACUCUUCCAAUUGACCCCCUGUCAUCCAGACCCAUCGGUCGUUGGCGAGUGCUGGUCCUUGAGCAUUUCGACCAGAGCCUCUUUGUCGAGCGGGGGAAAGGAUUAUAG